CUCUAUCUCGCUCUCUGCCAGUGUCUAUCGAAGCUUUUCGAUUUCGAAACCCUAACACCGAGUCCCUCUCGAGUUUUCGUUCGAUUCAAUAUCUCUCCACUCUCUCUCGGCCUUCUCAUCCCUUUCUCUGUAAACGGAUCCUCUCUCCUGACGGCCCGAUGGCUGAAGGCAAGCUUGAUCUUUCCGACGAUCUUCUCUCUUCGAAACCCUCCGAUCAUUCUUGGACAUCUAAAGUGGAAGCUUCUGGAGGGAAUGGUGAAGAUAAGAUAACUGGAUAUGAUUCCAAAGAUCAAGCAGCUUUGGACAGCAGCAUCCCCUUGUCUCCCCAGUGGCUCUAUGCUAAACCAGGCGAGAGUAAGAUGGAAAUGCGUGCACCAAGUUCCCUCUCUCUUGGAAGUUCUGCUGAUUCCAAUUUGAAGGAGGCUUGGCGUUCAGAUGGAUCUGAGGACAAGAAAGAUUGGAGGAAAACUGGAAUUGAAGCAGAAAGUGGUCGCCGCUGGCGUGAAGAAGAAAGAGAAACAGGCUUACUUGGUAGAAGAGAGCGCAGGAAAACUGAUCGCCGUGUUGAUGUGGGUAGAGAUACGCCUGAUAAUAGAGCACCUCCCUCUGAUAGGUGGCUUGAUGUUGGUAACCGCAGUGCUGGGCACGAGGCACGACGUGACAGUAAAUGGUCAUCUAGGUGGGGUCCAGACGAGAUAGAAAAGGAAACACGGACUGAGAAGAGGACAGAUGCAGAGAAGGAAGAUGCUCAUGGUGACACUCAAGCACAUGCAAGUAGCACAAGAGUAGUUUCUGAGCGUGAUCCAGACUCCCGUGAAAAAUGGAGGCCGCGCCAUAGAAUGGAGGCGAAUUCCAGUGGACCAGGUUCCUUUCGUGCAGCACCUGGAUUUGGGAUUGAGAAAGGACGGGCCGAGGGAUCAAAUAUGGGAUUUACUGUUGGACGUGGCAGAUCUAGUGCUUCUGUUGUAAGGCCUUCAUCUGCAAGUUCCAUUGAGAAAAAUGAAGGCGUCCCUGGCAAGCCAGGUAUUUAUGUGGAUAUGUUCUUCUAUCCAAGGGGAAAGCUUCUUGAUAUAUACCGUAGGCAGAAGCUUGACCCUUCUUUUGCUAAAAUGCCUGAAAAGAUCGAGGAAAUACCUUCUAUUACACAAAUAACUGCUGUGGAACCCCUUGCUUUUGUUGCUCCUGAUGCAGAAGAGGAGGCUAUCCUUGGUGAUAUAUUGAAAGGAAAAAUCAGCAGUAGCGAGGUGGUGGACAAUUCAAUAAAAAAUGUGGGGUCAUCUGAGAAUAUUGCAGAUGUCUGGCAUUUAACAUCCACCAAUAGUAAAGAUGAUGCUCUUCCCCCGAUGGAGGAUAUGUUUGAUCCAAAUCAGAAUCCUAGUCAAACAGUUGCUGAUAGCACUUCACGCCUUGAUGGUCAAAGAACGAGAACAAGAGAAGGACGAGAUGCUAAUUGGGAUCAAGAGCAAAGAGUCCCUGAGAUGGUUUCACAAAUGGAUUCAUAUGCACUGAAAACAAGGUCAAACAUCAGUAUUACUGGUACCAGUCAUGAUGAAGCUUCUAAUCAUGAUGUUGCAGAUUUCACUUCUAUGGGGCAUCAGCACAAUGAUAAUGUCCACCCAUCUUCAUUUGAUAUCAGCUCAAAGCUUAACGAUUCUAAUUCUUUAUUUGCUACCCCAUCUUCCGAGCAAUAUUGGACAAGAGAUAUGCAGCCUUCAGAGAAUAGUUUGAAUGAACAUUUAACCAGGGGUAUCCAACCCGAGGAGUUAAGUCUUUACUAUCGUGAUCCUCAAGGGGAGAUCCAAGGACCAUUUCUUGGUGUAGACAUCAUUUCAUGGUUUGAGCAAGGAUUUUUUGGGGCAGAUUUGCCAGUUCGAGUGGCAGAUGCACCAGAGGAAGCUCCUUUCUUGGAAUUAGGUGAUGUCAUGCCACACUUAAACACUAGGCAUGACUACACCACCAGCAAUGAUCCAAGUCCCAACUUGGAAAUUUCUGAUGGUUUUGAAGGAAACUUUGAUGCUAGAGUUUCUGUGCCUGCUCCUGUGUCUGAAAUGGGAUGUCAAUCUGCAUUAGAUAAUCAGCACUGGCAGUUGCCUGAGUUUAAUGGUUUGCCAAUAAAGCAUGCUCAAGCAAGAAUACCUGAGCAUGAAGGCCCUUUGCCGCUUUUAUAUGAGGGUCAAAACUUCCAUGAUGAAGAAAUUGUUUUUCCUGGGAGGCCUGGUAGCAGUGAUUCUUCAGUAAAUUAUAUGAAAAACCACACUGUUCCCACCGAUUUCACUGAACCAGGCAUACAAAAUAAGAGCGACAAUAGAUCGCAUCCUCUGGGGUUGUUAUGGUCUGAGCUUGAAGGAUCAAGUUUAAGGAAUGAUAAGGCAUCUAAAGCACCUUUCACUGGUGGUGUUCAGCAGCAACUUGUGAACCCCCCAAGUCAGAGGGUCUCCCCUUUCAACGCAAUGCCUGAUUGUAUUCAUGCUGCUGAUGCAUGGCCUGACAUUUAUAGAAGGAAUGCACUUUCUGAUCCCAACUUAUAUAAAGAUGCGAUGGAUGCUCGCCAGUUGACACACAUGGAUCAAGAGGCUAGUGACUUUGAUCUAUCAGAGAAACUUAGGUCUCAUCAAAUUCAACAACAGCUGCUCCAACAGCAUAAUCUGCUGGCCUCUCAUCCUCACUUGAACGAUUUGAUGCUGGACCAAGUUCAAGGUCGAGGGCCUAUAAACCCACAACAUUUAGCCGGUCAAACAGGGCAAGAUCUAGAUCGCUUUUUGGCACUUCAGUUGCAACAGCAGCAGAGGAGAAUUGAGCUUCACCAGCAGCAUCAGUUGAAUCAACAGCAAAUGCUACUUAAGGAGCAGCAAUCUCGACAAUUGCUUCUUGAACAGUUGGCCCAAAAUCAGAUGCGUGAUGGGCGUGGACAAUCACGUGCCGAUGUUGCAAGAUCCAAUAACGCGCUUGAUCAGAUUAUUUUGAAGCAUCAGAUUUUAAAUGAAUUGCACCAGCGAUCACAACGCCACCCACAAAAUGUUGACCCAUCAAUAGAACAUCUGGUUCAAGCAAAGUAUGGCCAGCUGCCUCAUCAAGGGCAUCCAAAUGAUCUCCUGGAGCUCAUAGCACAUGCAAAGCAUGGACAAAUGCCGUCUUUGGAACAUCAUAUGCUUCAGCAUGAGCAGUUUCAUGGAAGGCAGUUGCCUAUGGGUUUAAGGCAGAGAAUUGAGAUGGAAGAAGAGAGGCGGCUUGGUUCUGCCUGGUCUUUAGAUGAAACGACUCAGUUCCUAAGAAAUUCUGGUGGUCUUCACCGAGCUAAUUCUGCUGGCCUCAGUCCUUUAGAUCUUUACAAGCAACAGAGACUAUCUCCCGAUGAGUUGAAUCAUCUUGAGCGGAAUCUUUCAUUACAAGAGCGACUUCAGCAAGGUGCUUAUGAUCCUAGCUUACUAUCAUUUGAACGCUCUAUGCCUGGUGGUGGCUCACUGAUGAAUUUUGAUGUUAAUUCUAUGGCUCAAGCCCAGAAGUUAGAUAUGCAGGAGUUUAAUGCUCCGUUGCACCAUGCUAACCAAGUAGGCGGGUUCUCUUCAGGGAUCCUCUCCCAUCAAUCUCAGCAUCCCAUGGUCUCUAAUCACUUCCAUCCCUCACAUUUGGGUGCUAUGGAGGGACCUUGGUCUGAAAGUAAUGGACAGAUGCCAAAUGACUGGAUCGAGUCGAGGAUUCAGCAGCUGCAUGUUGAUAAUGGAAGGCAUAAAAGAGAGAUGGAAAUGAGAAGGAUUUCAGAAGAUCCAAGUCUUUGGAUGUCUGCUGGAACGAAUGAUGACCCCUCAAAGAGGUUGCUUAUGGAACUACUUCAUCAGAAACCAGAUAGUCAGUCGAAUGAAAUUUUGGGUGUAAAUAAUGUUGGACCAUUUGAAAGUGCCGAACCUUUUGGAUCUUAUUCUGCGAUGAACUCCAAUCAUUCAUUCAACCUCUUAAAUCAAGAAGUAGGGCUUAAUCACCCAUUUUCUGUUGCAUCUUAUGGCCCUAACUCAGGCACUGGCCAACAAGCACGGUUGGUGGAUGAGACAGUAUUAGGUUUGGAAGGCAAGGAUAGAAUGCUCUCGAGAUCCAGUUCUGGAGUAAUGCACGAGGAGAGUCCAUUCUUUUCUGAUGUUAAUGAAUCCUCUCAGGUAGCAUAUUCAAACUCCAGCAUGGUGGGAAUGUCGUCUAUAGAACGGGGAUUAUUUGACGUAGAGGGCAAAAGGAGAUUACUUAAAAGCGAAGGUAGCAUGGUGAAGGGUGUAGCUGCAGAAACUCAAGAAGCUAUCAUUCAGCAGUGUGGUGAUACUGAUUUAGACGAUGCCGAAAUGCCAAAUAAUAUUGGCAGGCAUGCCUCACCUGCCAUUGGUGGGAAUAAAAGCUUGUACAAUGACAAGGUUGGAUCUCCCGAGACUUUUGCAGAGGCUAAAGAUCGGGUGACCUUGACAUCCAAAAGGUCUGAUAAUAUUUUGCUGAAACGUCCACCAGUCUCACGGGCAUCAUCAUCCCAUGAAGGGUUAUGUGAGCUGGCGUCUGAUUCCACUUUCAGAGGGAAGAAUGUCUCCAGUAUGUCUGUUCCUGAAGGUGGAAGAGAAAUUUUGACAAACCAAGUCUCUGAAAAUAUGAUUGGUGGCAAGAAAGAUGUUCGGUUUAGGAGAACAUCAUCCUUCAGUGAUGCUGAUGUACCGGAGACUGCUUCUUUCAGUGACAUGCUUAAAAGCAAUGUUAAGAAGCCACCUUUGCCAGAUACUCAUGCAACAGCUUCAGCUUCAGAGGGCGGUGCUGUAGAUGGACAUGGGGGCAAAACUGGUAAAAAGAAAGGUAGAAAAGGGAGGCAAAUUGACCCAGCUCUGCUUGGUUUUAAGGUUACUAGCAAUCGAAUUAUGAUGGGCGAGAUCCAACGUAUAGAGGAUUGACAUGUUUGUAUCAUUUGUUAGCUUGCUUGUAUAGACCCCAUUUUCUUCUUUUUGGGUAUUUUUCUUGAUGGAUUCCGUAUACCAAAGUAUUUUUGCAUCCUCCUGAUAUGUGAUGUUAGGGGUUAUAUUACAGGUUAGGUUGCAUAGAGUUUUGCUUGUAUAGGCCUUGUUUUCAGAUCUAAAUAUGUAGUAGCAAGAAGCAGACAACUGUAUAUUUCUUGAUUUUCCAUUGCUUAUCUGAGCACGCAUUGUUUAAUUUGAAUUGAAGUGCUUCAGAGAAUUUAACAUAAAUUGCUUGCUUGUCUAACAUGGGUGAUGCCUGUUUAUGCUUGGGCUUUGAGGC